AGUUUCCACUGAGAGUGUUACUCAUCUUCGCUCCCUUUACCAAUCUCCCGGCUUGCGCGAUUCUGCUUCGUAGCGCCGGACCGGAGACGAUAUUAACCUAGCUCCGCCGCUCCGAGGGACUUCCACUUCAUUCCAACAGCUCGCGCUGCUUCGUAUUACUCGUUCUCUCCACGAUGAACUGUGCAAUUUCCGGAGAAGUUCCAGAGGAGCCAGUGGUUUCAACGAAGUCAGGUUUGCUCUUCGAGAGGCGAUUAAUCGAGAGGCAUAUAUUGGAUUAUGGGAAGUGCCCGGUUACUGGAGAACCUCUUACCAUUGAUGACGUUGUUCCCAUCAAAACCGGGAAGGUUAUAAAACCGAAGCCAGUGCAUACAGCUAGCAUCCCUGGAUUGCUUGGAACGUUCCAAAAUGAAUGGGACGGUUUGAUGCUAUCAAAUUUUGCGCUGGAGCAACAACUGCAUACUGCGAGGCAGGAGCUAAGUCAUGCCUUGUAUCAGCAUGAUUCUGCCUGUCGCGUGAUUGCUAGGCUUAAAAAAGAAAGAGAUGAAGCGCGGCAAUUGCUUGCAGAGGUUGAAAGACAUAUACCUGCAGCCCCGGAAGCUGUGACAGCUAAUGCUGCUCUUAGCAAUGGUAAACGAGCUGCCGGUGAUGAAGAAAUGGGUCCUGACGCGAAGAAGUUGUGUCCUGGCAUUUCAACUGAAAUUAUUACGGAGUUGACAGAUUGCAAUGCUGCUCUCUCCCAGAAGCGCAAAAAGAGACAGAUUCCUGAAACAUUGGCUUCAAUAGAUUCUUUGGAGAGGUUCACUCAGCUUUCAAGCCACCCACUUCACAAGACCAACAAACCGGGCAUUUGUUCCAUGGACAUCCUACAUUCUAAGGAUGUCAUUGCUACCGGAGGAGUGGAUGCAACUGCUGUUAUCUUUGAUCGCCCUUCAGGGCAGAUCUUGUCAACGCUGACUGGUCACUCGAAAAAGGUUACAAGCGUAAAAUUUGUCGGUGACAGUGAUCUUGUCUUGACUGCUUCGGCUGACAAGACGGUCCGUAUCUGGCGGGAUUCUGGGGAUAGGAAUUAUGCUUGUGGGCAUACAUUGAAUGAUCACUCUGCAGAGGUGCGAGCUGUAACUGUGCAUGCCACAAAUAAAUACUUUGUGUCGGCAUCUCUUGACAGUACAUGGUGCUUCUACGAUCUUUCCUCUGGCUUAUGCCUUGCAAAGGUAUCCGAUGAAUCUGAAAAGGUGGAUUACACGGCUGCUGCUUUUCAUCCCGAUGGUCUCAUUCUCGGAACCGGUACUUCUCAAUCUAUUGUUAAGAUUUGGGAUGUUAAAAGUCAGGCAAACGUAGCGAAGUUUGAUGGACACACCGGUGAAGUUACCUCUAUAUCUUUCUCUGAGAAUGGUUAUUUCCUCGCGACUGCUGCCGAGGAUGGUGUUAGGUUGUGGGACCUGCGCAAGUUAAGGAACUUCAAGUCAUUCUUAUCUGCAGAUGCAAACUCUGUGGAGUUUGACCCUAGCGGAUCUUAUCUUGGUGUUGCUGCAUCAGAUAUCAGACUAUACCAGACGGCGAGUGUAAAAGCUGAAUGGAACCUUAUCAAGACACUCCCUGAUCUCUCCGGCACUGGUAAAGCUACAUGUGUGAAGUUUGGUCCAGAUGCACAAUACGUUGCCGUUGGUUCCAUGGACCGUAACCUACGGAUAUUUGGUCUUCCUGGUGACGAAAAAGCCAACGCUGAGGAUGACUCUGCACAAGACUCGUGAAGAUUUCGUUAGCAAACUCCGCAAAUUUUCAAAUGUUCAUCUCCGGUUUCUUCUCGCUCCUGUUGUAUCUUACAGUUUUCACAGCUAUAAGGAGGAUUUGUUAGUUGGCGUAGUGAUCUUCUUCGGUGCUUCUCUGAACUCAAACGAUCAAUCACACUUGAGUUUUCGUACUCUUAUUGUUCUUAUAGGUUCUUCUAAUCUCUCUCUCUCUUUGUACCUUCAAAACCUGUACCAAACUGUUCUUUUUGUUGCCAAGGAUUGAAUCUGAAUGAAAUUAAGACGUUUAUCUU